AUGUCUUGGUAAAAAUAAUUAGGUAACUCUGUCAAAGAAUUACGAUUUGUGUUUUGCCAAAACUGUGGUAGAUCUGAAGGCGUAAGAAAUCUAGUCACUAAAAAUUAUUGGCAAUGGAAAGAAGCAAAUCCAAAAUUCCCAUUUGUAGUGAGGGAAUGUGAAUCUAUAGAUCCUUAUAUUCUUAUCAGAUACAGAUAUGGAGUUGAAAAGAAAGCAUUGAUAGGCAACUUAAACGAAUAGGAAUUGGAAUAAGUAUUAGGAUAACUUGUUGCUUAAUCUAAUAAAGUUAAUUCAACUAUAUGA